AUGCAGGUAUUUAGCGAUUUUGGUCACAGCUUUAAAGUAUUAGAUCCUACAGGAGAAGAAGCAAAAGAAACAGUUGUUAGCAGUAUAUCUCAAGAAGAUAAAGCUGAGGUGUAUGUACACCCCGAUAAACCCCUUCCUUUUCAGAACGGAGAUUAUGUUGUUUUUAAAGAAGUUGAAGGCAUGCAUGAGAUUAAUAAUAUUCAUCCUGCUCGUAUAACAAUUAAAACUAGACAUGCAUUUAAUGUAGAUAUUAAUACAUCAAGAUUCUCAGCAUAUACACGAGGGGGUAUAGUCAAACAAAUUAUUAUACCUCAGACUUUCUUCUUUCGUUCUCUUAAAGAAAGCGUGCUUCGUCCUAUUGCUAAGGGCGAGCAUACAAUGUCAGUACCGGACUUAGCGAAGUUUGAACGACCAGCAGAGCUGCAUGUUGCUUUCAUAGCUCUUUUAAUGCUGAAAGAUGAGCAGCAGCAGCAGCAGCAGCAGAUCCCUCAUCCUUAUCUAUAUUCUUCUGCUGCUUUCAAGAGAGACCCUGCUGCUGCUGCUGCAGCAAAACAACAGGCAGAUAAAUGCGUGCAGAGAGGUAUUGAAAUCGCAAAAGAAUUGCUUGCUGACAGCAAGCGCCUCCAGCAGCAACAGCAGCAGCAGCAGCAGCAGCAGCAGCAGGAGGAGCAGGAGGAGGGAGCAGAUGAUAAGGGAGGGUUUAUAUCUCUUGAAGCUGUUGAUGAAGCUGUCGUUGAACAUGUAAUUAGAUUCUCUAAUUGCUGCUUAUCUCCAGUCGCCUCUUUCUGCGGAGGUGUAUUAGCACAAGAAGUCGUUAAACUCGCAGGCAAAUAUUCUCCGCUCAAAGGUUUUCUUUAUCUUGAUGCAUUUGAAGCUCUUCCUGCUGCAGACUUCGACGAGCAGCUGCAGCAGCUGCAGCAGAAGCAGCAGCAGCAGCAGCAGCAGCACCAGCACCAGCACCAGCAGCAGCAGCAGCAAGAGGAGGAGGAGGAUGAGGAUGAAGAGAUAAAAGAUUGUAAAGAUCUGCUAGAUUAUAGACAUGCAGAUUUAACAGGGGUGCUAGGAAAGAAGCUGGCGAAGUAUUUAUCAACAUUAAAUGUAUUUGUUGUAGGAGCAGGGGCUCUCGGCUGUGAAAUAUUAAAACUACUGUCUCUUUUAGGUGUAUCAUCAGGUGGCGGAGGGCGUCUUUGCGUUACAGACUCAGAUAGAAUUGAAGUCUCAAACCUAAAUAGACAGUUUCUCUUCAGAAGAGAGCAUGUCGGACAACCUAAGAGCACCACUGCAGCAGCAGCAGCUAAACAAAUGAAUCCUCAACUCAAUAUUGAGGCUUUGGAGGCGCGGGUAGGCCCUGAGACAGAAUCUGCUCCGUUUGACGAAGCCUUUUGGAGGUCUCAAGACGUCAUAGCUAGGCAGUACGUAGAUUCGCGCUGUGUCAGCUUCUGCAAACCCUUGCUAGAGAGCGGCACCUUGGGAACGAAGGGGAAUGUUCAGGUUGUUGUUCCGUACCUUACGCAGUGCUACUCAGACUCUGUGGACCCUCCUGAGGAGUCUAUACCCCUCUGCACUCUCAGACACUUCCCUCAUACGGUCGAACACUCUAUAGAGUGGGCGCGAGAUGUCUUUGAGGGUUUAUUCUACGAUCGCAUGUCGGAAGCCCGACAGUUUGCAGCAAACCCUAAGGCAUUCCUAGAGCAAAUUCAAACAGAGGGUAGCUCAGCGCAGCAGCUGCAGCGGUUAGAGCAGCUGCAGCAAACCCUAGCUGUAUUUGAAGACCCUUCAUCCUCUUCUUCUUCUUCUUCUUCAGCAGCAACAGCAACAACAGCAACAACAACAACUACAACAACAACUACUGUCUCUCCUGCUAGCACUUUAUGCUGCGUGCGGCUGAGUGUAUUGUUAUUUAACGAUUUGUUUCGCCUUCAAAUACUUCAACUGCUCGCUGCAUUUCCGCUUAAUCACAUUACUCAAGCCGGCGUCCCCUUCUGGACAGCGCCGAAGCGACCUCCUCAGCCUCUCUCUUUUGAUGUUUCAAACCCUCUGCAUCUACAGUUUUUGCUUGCUGCGGCUAAACUCUUCGCUCAUGCAUUCGGUAUAGAAGAAGAGAAGGAUGAAGAAAAAAUAAAACAAAUGGCUUUGAGGGUCCCUCUGCCGGAUUUUGAAGCAAAGAAAACGCAAAUUGUGAUCGAAGAUACGGAGGAGCAGACCAGCAGCAGCAGCAGCAGCAGCAGCAGCAACAGAACCAGCAGCAGCAGCAGCAGCAACAAGCAGCAGGAACAGCAGCAGUCUCUGCAAGCAGCAAUGGAAGCACCUGAUGAUGAAGCAGACAAAAUUGCAGAGAUUAAAAAGAAACUCCUUGGCAUACGAGGCGUAGAGGGUUUAACUUAA